GACUUCUCAUUUGGGCUGUGAGUGCGCACCGCGCCCUGACGUGCUGGACAGAUACAUGGAUGACCCCCUCUUCCACAACUUGGAGACCGGCGAAAUCGACAUCGAGAAGAUUCCGUUCAAGGAUCGGAUCGCAGUUGAGGCCAUGCAAAACUACCAAGAGAACGGAGGAGAUCUAUGCCAGCAAACUCCUCACAGUGGCGAGUUCCUGGUGUGUCCAGCGGCCAAGGGUUGCGCUGGCAGCAAUGUUGCCGGCCCAGGUGGAGCUCUGCCCAGUGGCUGGUUUUCAGGAGUCAGCGGCAAGAGCUGGGACUUCUGCGCGCCGGCGGCGAGGCCAGCUGAGUCAGAGGAGCCUGGAGAAGGCGAACCGGGCUUCGACCAGACAGGCAACGCCCAGUACGGCUACGACCAGCAAUAUGGUGCUUAUGGCCAGCAAGCGAUGCACUAUCAGUGCGUUCCCGGAGCUGUGCCGCCAGCUUAG